UUCCCUUGAGCUCAAAGUCAGAGUCAGAAAGCAAAAAGGGACUCUGAGACUCACAGAAGGCUAACAACAGGGACGCUGAAUUUUUGUUUUGAGUACUGCAACUGAAAGUGCUGGAAAAUGUGUAAAGGAUUAGCUGCCUUACCCCAAACCUGCCUUGAAAGGGCCAAGGAGAUCAAGACCAAAUUGGGAGUUUUACUGCAGAAGCCAGAAAAUGCCAUUGACCUCAUCAUCCCCUACCCCGAGAAGACUGAGAAGAAGCCAGAGAAGCUGCAAAAGCCGACUCCUGACGAGGCUGCUCAGUGGCGUGAGAGUCUGGACCGGGUCCUGAACAGCAGCUAUGGUCUGGCUGCUUUCCGUAGCUUCCUGCAGUCUGAGUUCAGUGAUGAGAAUAUAGAGUUCUGGAUGGCCUGCGAGGAUUUCAAGAAGACCAAGAACCCUGUGAAAAUGGCUACCAAGGCCAAGAAGAUCUACGAGAACUUCAUCCAGUCUGAGGGACCCAGAGAGGUGAAUAUCGACCACUUCACCAAGGACGUGACCCUGAGGAACCUGGUGGACCUCUCCCCUGGGACCUUCGACCUGGCCCAGAAGAGGAUCUUCGCCCUGAUGGAGAAAGACUCCUUCGGGCGUUUCCUGCGGUCUGAGCAGUACCAGGAGCUCCUGGUCAACUAAGCAGGAGUCUGAGGAGCUGGGGUGGGGAGGUGGGGAGCUUUCAAACAGCAGCCGCUCAACAUGAAAACUAUAGGAAACAUUUGAUGAUUUUUAAAUUAAAUAUUUAUAAUAAACGACCAUUGUCUAAGACAGCUUGAAGACUUUUAUUUUGCAGAAUCUAAAUUCUGAAGGGGGAUAUUUAAAAACUCUAUAUCAAAUUCAGCUAGACGGAAACUCUGCCAGAUGAAAUAGCCCCAUCUCCCCACUGGACACACACACACACACACAUGCGUACUAUGUUUUUCUAUCAUUGUGGGGACUUACCAUUGACUCCCAUUCAUAUCUAACCCCUAACCCUAACCCUAACCAAAACAAUGGCUAACCCUAAAGAAACGUUUUUGCACUUUUACUUUUAUCAGUAACAACAACAUGGCCAAGAAAACACUGUUUAAACUUGUCAGGCCCAAAAUGAAGUCCCCAGAAGUGACGUAGUUUUCGGUUUUCCUACAGUUGUGGGGAGAUUUGGUCCCCACAGUGUAGCAAAAGCUAAAACACACACACACACACACACACACACACACACACACACACACACACACACACACACACACACACACACACACACACACACACACACACACACACACACACACACAUUCCUGUAUUUCAAUCUUAAUUACAACCAACAAUAAUAUCUUAUCUUUUUAAAGCGUCCAGGAGUGAUGGCAGUUUAAAUACAGCCACAACAACCUGUUUGGUUUUCACACUAAUUGUAGAAAUACAGGAACACACACUCAAAUGUACAUGAAGUCAAGAUCCACAUCAAAACAUUCUUCAGUGGGUUCAUACGCAAAACUUACAACUCAUGUUGAUUCGGCCACAAAUUCAGUACUUUUGGAUAGAUAUACAAAGUAUGCUCUAGAGAUCAUACCUUAAAAAAGGAACUUAAACUUGCCCUUUGUGUGUCAAAGUGUUUUAGUAUAUUUGUCAGAUCUUUAAAUAGAUUUGUGUUAAUUGAGCCCCACUGACGGUUGUGCGUUUUUUAGCAUCUUCCUAAAAUUUUGUUCACAGCACAGUAGUAAUGUCAGUUAAACUGAAGUUUGUUUGGAUUCAUUGUCUUUGUCCUGCUUAUCUACUCUAUGAAUAAAAACAUCUGGUCUAGAAACUCAAGGCAUCCCAGGUAGACUCAUUACAAUUUUAGAAUGUUCACACAACCUGAAAAAUUAAUUACAGGUUUAAAGAGCUGCACCAUAAGAGGCAGUGCUCAGUCAGUUGCAUAGCUACAGUUAUAAUUGUCAGAAGUAUUGCAACACUUUGACACAUAGUAUAAAGUAUAAAUCAGCCCUAAUUAAUGCUGGUUCUGUCCUCACCAGAUGGCCCUGAGGGGAUUGAUCUUAUCAGUGUAAUAUUUGAUCACAGCUAUAUUAAUAAUUAACUUCAUUCACUUUUACUUUACAACUUCUGGCCUGUGUCAACAACACACCAGGCAACUUUGUAGUGCAACUAUGGCUAAACAUAACUAUGAUGUCAUAUAAAACGCUUUCAGUACAUUGGUCACAUUGUAAGCUAAACCAAUAAUCAAACUGAGAUAUGACUUUCUGCAGUUUUAUCAAUAAGUUAAUUUGACCACAAUGUUCACUUUAAAUGUAAAAAAAGUUAAAUCAUUUAAACAACAAAAGAAACAUAAAACAAAAAACAAAUGUUUGUCUUUUUCCAUUGUGCAUACAAGUGUAAUCCAAACAGAUAUCAAGUACGACUGAUAAGUAUUUUGUUGUUUUCCAAAGAAGAAUCAAAGUUAUUUUCAGUGUGACUUUCUAACUAACUCUUUCUGUCUGGAAACUAAAUGGAAUGACAGUUACACAGUUUGCUAUUUUAAAUCAGUGAAAUCCAACCAAAUAUCUUGCCAUUUUAAUUAAAGAAGGUAAGCGUAUUUGACUAGUAUCAAUGCAUGACUGAUUAUCAAUGAUUGUCACAUAACUUUUCUUCCUGUCUGUUCCACACACUCACACCAAACCCCACCUUUGGGUUGAAAUGUGUCCUGUGAGAGCCGUCCUUAAGAACAAUGCUGGAUAGUUGGCUCGGCGGUCUAGCUCCUUGGCGACCGCUAAACUGCAAGUUGCUAAGAUGGGAAUAUCAAGUAGGAGGGAAUCUCAGAAUAACAAGUAAACAGAGCAGUGGUUUUAUACAAAGAACGGUCUUUUUCCCAUGUGAUAAUAUCAAAGCUGUAUGUAUGCAGGCUGAGUCACUACAGAUUUUAGUGCAAACUCACCAGUGAAAAGCAUGGGAAACAGAACUUGCAAGUUUGCAGCACUUGACAAGCUCCUCAGUGGCUUCUGAGAAUUACAUUUUGCUGGGAAAAGUCAUUACAGGCUGUGGAGCGCAUAUUUGAAAUGUAAGAUUUAAAUUUAAAGUAACAAAGGAAACGUAUCAUCGCACUACAAUCAGACAAGUACAAACAAAAUCGACUUACAAAGCCAAAUGUAUAUGUUCUUUUCAUGUAAUUGUUCAAGCUGACACUUUAUACUUUUAACUCAAGUUAUUAUUCAUUCUUUACACUGUAACAAAACACUGCUUUUAACCAGCUUACACAAGGCUGAGACAUAAACAGAUGUGAUGGUGGAUUUGGUGUGGAAUGUUUAAGUGUCCUAAAUAUAUACUUUCAGUAAAAUGUAGCAACCAUUAAGUGUGAUUAUAUUUACUCUUUUAAUAUUUACCAAAAGCAUAUUAUGUGUUUACCAACACAAACAUUAUUAUCUAUAUAUUCAGCAUUUUACAAGUCCUUAUUGUUCUCAUCAUCAAAGAUCAGGACAUCAGGAGUGACAUUUUUAAUUUUUCAUCAUUCUAAUAUAUCAUUUAAAGAGUGUAUGGGAUCAAGCAACAAAGUGGUAAAAAAUUAUUAAGAUUUAUCACAGUAUUGAAAGGCAUUGACAAGGUCUUAAUAUGGCACAGAUUGACCAGUCUGUUGUCAUAACCUGAAAUGUCAUAACUCAACAAAUAAUUCACAUAAAAAAAGAAAAUCAAUAAGGGCUUUAACAGUGCUGACUAUGUAUCAUUUGAUGUAGCUUUGCAUGUACGUUUUGGAGUCAAUCACAUAAAAAUAUAUAUGCACACAAUUCCUGAAGAUGUAUUUAUUUAUAUGUGUAAAUAUCUACUAAGUUAUUCUAAUAUACAACAAUGGAAUCCAUGAUUCUUUGAAUGGAGAGCUGGCAGAACUCUUCCUAGAGUCUAUUCACUGUUAUAAAAGAGGAAACACUU